AUAAAACGAACAAAAAAUGAAUGAACCUCGAUUCAAACCUUUUAACGAAUUAUGAUAUUCUUAUUUUCUCACUUAAUUUCCGAUUACUAUGUCUAUAGAUAUUUUGUCUUCAUACAGCAUCAUACCAUAUGAAGCGAGACGAAAUGCGGUAACAGUUCCAGUGAAGAAACAAGGAAGGCUAAAUAAUGCAGCUGGUAGGUAGUUCAUUGAACCCACCUCCCCCAGUGGUGUAGAAAUGAAAAGAUAGCAAAAGGGACUCUCAAAAGGGGGGGGUGGUUGACAAGGCAUGGGAAUGACAAGACGUGGAUGGUGAACAUGAUAAGCAUGGCAAUUCUUCAAUUAGUGGUUUAUAACUUGAAAUAAAUUAUUCCGAUAUAUACCAAAAUUGAUCAAAACUAAUUCAUGUUGGAGCCACAUAAAUAUUCUUAUGGUAGGACACAGCUUACUAAAGUCGUUACUGCAUUAUUUUACUUUUCAGAAGUGUGUAUUAGGAUAACACAAUUAAAAUAGAGACAAAAUAAGAUAGUAACAUGAUUGUGAAAUUAUCACAAAAGACUACAGCUAAUGCCUUGUUGCUGUAGCUCCCUGUAGUGGUCAACUGUCGCACCUUGAACCCUGACCGAAGCUCGAUGGACGCGGGUAUCAUCGUACCAGAUCUGGCUGGAUUCAUGCCUGAUUUUGUAAUAUUUUUGUUAUAUUUCUAUUUGCAGAUUAUGUUGUAGCAAAGAUAGAUGAUUUGGUUAACUGGGGAAGAAGGGUGAGUGUACUAAAUUAUCUUUCUAAGGGCCUGUUCAUAUGGGCAGAAGUUAUCCUGGUUAGCGACAAAACUUUUCGACAAGUUUACAAGCGAGAUCUCGUCUUGGUAUGAAAAUAAUAUGAAAAGUUACAGUGCGUUCAUAUGAGACAAAAAGUUUUCCCGUGUACCGAGAUCUCGCUUGUUGACAGGCGAGAUUUCGGUGACCGGGAUAAUGUUUUUCCCAUAUGAACACAACUUUCCCGCUUAGUGGGAUAGCUUUCUGUCGUGUCAGCAACUUUUCAAUUCAAUUGAUGUUCAGUGCACGUCACAGCCGAAAACUUUACCCGGUAAGCGGGAUAAAGUUUCUCCAUAUGAACAGAACAAAAGUAUUUGGCUAGUCGAAAAGUUUUCUCGUUAACCGGGAUAACUUUUGCCCAUAUGAACAGGUCCUAAGCUACAGAUUAUAUCUUAAAAAAAGGUGAUUUAGAAUUAAUGUUUGUUUUCUUCAACAGAGUUCAAUGUGGCCAAUGACUUUUGGUCUUGCUUGCUGUGCAGUUGAGAUGAUGCAUUUUGCUGGACCACGGUAAUAUAAUUAUAUGCGACUAUAUGUUAAAGAUGCGGUACAUUCCGACUGCGCAUGUUAAAGAUUUUAUUUAUUCUGCAAAGCUUGAUUGUUGUGUCUUGAUAAUUUAUUAUACUCUAGAAUCAUGAAAAUAUAAAUAGUUGUCGAAUAAAACUCAAUAUUUUGGAUACCGAAAUGUAAACAAAGCCUUUGUUUACAUACGGACUGUGCCGCAUCUUUAAGGGAUAUUGUUUUCUGAAUAUAAUUAAACUGUUGUCGUUGUUUUGUUAUUGUUAUUGUUGUUGUUGUGGUCAUCGUCGUCGUCGUCGUUGUCGUCGUCGUUGUUGUUGUUGUUGUUGUUGUUGUUGUAAAUCUCUCAUGUUUGCAGCUUGAUAAUUGGUAGUUUUGGUUUGGUGUGCAACCUGCUAAAGCUCUGGGGCCGGUUGUACGAAGGUCGGAUAGCGCUAUCCACCGGAUAGUGAUUUUUUCAACCUUUGUAAAAUGCUUGAAAAACUGUGAAACUACGGAUAUAGACGACACAAGAAGUAUAAAAAACCUUUAAUUUAUAAAUACUAAACUUUAAUACGAGUUAUACCAAUCAACGACUGAUUUAACGAAGCUUGAAAAAAAAUCACCAUCCGGUGGAUUAGGCCGUGGGCUGUUGGCCAAAAUUAUUUCGCUUCGUGGCACCCAUGUGGGAAAUACUUGGUUUGGGGUUUAUUUGAAAGGCACAUAGGUACAUCACUACCAAAAAAAGUUCCCAAGCAAUCCCGAGAAAAUGGGUGAUCAAUGAUUAUCCUCUAUUAAAUUGUAUUACAGCAAAAAAUGGGAAAUUCUGUAUUCAAUUACAAUAAAAAUGACUUGCAUCAUCGGAAAACGUACAAAAAACCGCAUAUAGGACUUUUUUUUUGAUUUUCCAAAUAGUCUUUGAGUUAUUGCUGUUUUAAAUAUGAAAAUUGGCCCAAAAUGUCGCAAUAAGGACUGGGUACUAGGUCAAAAACGCGUUCUUGACAGCGUAUAACUCGAAAACAAUUAUAGAUAUAAAAAAACUGUUUAAAUGUCUUAUAUGUAGGUUUUUGUAAGCUUCUGAUAAUGCAAGUCAUUUUUGUUGUAAUUGAAUACAAAAUUUUACAUUUUUUUGCUGUAAUACAAUUUAAUAGAGGAUAAUCACUGAUCACCCAUUUUCUCGGUCUUGGGCAGGUUUUUUGCUUGGGAACUUUUUGUGGUAAUUAAGCACCUAUGGUUCUAUGAAUUGAACCACAGAAAAUCUAUUUCCCAGGAGGGUGCCACGAAAUUGCUUUUCUAGGCACUUUUUUGCACAACAGCCCACGGCCUAGAUAGCGCUAUCCCGCCUUCGUACAACCGGCCCCUGUAGUCGCAUUUUCCGAACCCGAAUGUUAUUGUGACACUGUGUUAGUUCAGCACAAAUGAACUCAUGCACUCAGCACAAACUCGUGCACUGACAAAUUCCACCAUUUUGUUUCAAGUCAAUGUGUUGCCUCCUCUUUAUUAAGCCUUUUCUGGUCUAAGAGGAUCUGGGUAUACUACUGUACUAAAAGAACCAAUGCUCAAAACGCUAAUUGUUUAAUACUUAUUCAUGCAGGUACGAUAUGGACCGUUUUGGAGUCGUUUUCAGAGCCAGCCCGGUAAAUGUUUCUAAAUAUUUUUUAUUAUGGUAUAUGUACUGAUUUCAUUAUGUGCUUGACAACAUAAGGUUUUCAAAAUAUUCCGCCGGAACUCCGGCGUGUGCCACGAGGUUUACUGCGCUAUUACUUUGCUUACUUGAAAUUUCAAUUCUGGUCUCCUUUCUCCAUUCUCAGCUUAUUUUUCCUCAACCUUGUCUACUAUAUAGCCUGGUUUAUAGUACUUUAUUUUCGUACUUUUUCGUAAACGGAUUUAGUUAUUUGCCGUCUUAAAUCUUGCUGAAGAAUCAAAGUUGUGAUACAUUUUAAUUUGGCUAUACACUUGUCUUAUGUCUAGUUAAUUUGGAUGAUUUAGACCGUCUCCCCACAGCUGCCUUCUUUAUCAAUACCCCUGCCCACCUAUAAUAAUUCCUGCAACGUUCCUUUUUCGUGACCUCAUCGGAACAAAUAUAUCGUUUCACAAAUAUUAACUUUAGUUGUUCCAUCUUGCGUGUUUCCUUGGUUUUAGCGUCAGUCAGAUGUGAUGAUCGUUGCUGGGACAUUGACGAAUAAGAUGGCGCCUGCACUUAGAAAGGUAGGACAAUGCCUUUGACUAUUGUAAACAAAGAAUGUUCAACACAGACUUAGAGCCACGACAUUUUUAGGAAAUUACAACUACUAGAGCAAAGUCUUAACGCGGGCCUGUGACCCCAUCCAUUUAAGGUGAUUCAUCAGUUUUGCAUUGUACACUUUUACUGCAUCAUG